AAAGCGCAUUUACCCGUGCAUAAAAUUUAAUGGUCUUACCGUUUUGAUAUUUGUUUCUGGUAAAUUGUCUGUUUUGCUCGUCGUCUGUACGUCAAGACGUCAUAUGGGGGAUUUUGAGGCGCGAGCGACAUCCAUUUUGGAACAAAUGGCGAACAAGGCUGUGAUGGAAAUGAGCAAAGUUGUCGUUGACUGCGACACGACCCAAGCAAUGUUGCCGGGCGAGGACGACCGCACUCCACUUUCAACGAUAGAUAAAGUGGUUCAUCAUGCCAACACCUUCAUGACGUCACUGGCUCAAGAGGCGGCCAACAACAUCUGCCAGCUUUUCCACGAAUGUUCAUCUCUGCUGCACUUGCAAGUGAUGCAAGGCGAGGCACAGUUGGAGGAACUGAAGAAGAGGCUGGAAUUGGCGGAAACAGCGCUGGGUAUGGUGCUGACAAGCGCCCACACCGUGGAAGAGAAAGAGAAGGUGCAAGAACAGGAAGUGGAUGGAGAAGUUGCAGAAGUAGACACAGACAGUUCAGCUCUGUCUGGGAAUGUCAAGAAUUCGACCACCAUGAACCUAAUUUACAAGGACAACGUAAAUCCAACAUUGACGCAGGACACCUUCGUUCAGCAGACGUCGUGUGGGUCCGCCCAGCAUGGAGGCAACUUGGACCCCAAGGAUCAUGAUGAUCCAGACCAUCAGGAGCAGGAAGACGCCAAUGACACCGGCCACGUGGACGGCACCAAACAUGGUCUCCAAGCCGGCAAACAGAGCGGCAGGAACUCGAGCAACCGGCAGCCCAGAGCCCGUCAGGCAGCGCGCCAGCGUGACAAGAACUUUUCAUGUUCACUCUGCGGACGCACUUUUGCCCUGCGGCGUAGCCUCAACGUGCACAUGCGGCAGCACACGGGCGAGCGUGCUCACAUGUGCGACGUGUGUGGUAAGGGCUUCACACUCAAGCAGAUCCUGCUGGACCACCUGCGAACGCACAAUGACGAACGACCCUUUAAGUGCACGCAGUGCGAUAAGAGCUUCUACCAAGCGCACGGCCUCAAGUUGCACCAGCGCUUGCAUGUCGUCCGCCGCGAGCGCAUCAACCGCUGCCAGUUUUGCAAGAAGACCUUCAGCGUCCUUGGCAAUCUGCGGCGCCACCUGCGCAUCCACACGGGCGAGAAGCCCUUCAGCUGCGACACAUGUGGGAAGAGCUUCAACCAGGCUGAUACACUCAAGAGCCAUCAGAGGAUCCACACGGGGGAGCGGCCAUUUGGCUGCAUAAGCUGUGGGAAGACCUUCAUCCAGAAGAGCACACUGGAGACACACACCGAUGCCUCCGCGCUGGUAUGCGUGGUUUGCGGCGCCACGGCGGACUGCGUGGAGAUGAUGCGCGGCCACUUGCAAACGCACGCCGACUCCUUGCCAUGCAUCUGCAUGCUGUGCAACCAGAGGCUGACAACGGCGGCGGAGUUGCGCUCGCACCAGCAGCACCACCAUGUGGCGGGUGGUGAGCAUUGCUGCACCAUAUGCGGGAAGACAUUCAAGUCAGCAAGCUACAUGAAGAUCCACUUCAAGGUACACAUCGGAAUCAAGCCCUUCUCCUGCGACAUCUGUCUUCGCACCUUCUCCCAAAAAAGCAGCCUCAAGACACACAAGGCAUUGCACACGGGCGAAAAGCCGUUCGCCUGCAACACAUGCGACAAGCGCUUCAGCAACAUGGGCAACUUGACCCGCCACCACCGUGUCCACACGGGCGAAAAGCCAUAUAUCUGCGAUGUGUGCGGUCGCAGAUUCAACCAGAGCAACAGCCUGAAGGCCCACCAGCAGGUCCACACGGGCCACAAGAAGUUCAUAUGCGACCGUUGUGGCAAGAGCUUCGGCUACAGGAGGAACCUCAAGCACCACAAGUGCCUCUACUACUGAGUGCUUGAAUGGUUGAACUGAACUUAAUGGUUGAAUGGUGGCUUGCAUUGAAGGGAUGCACGCUUUGGUUGUUGUUUUCACAGUAAAAUAGUGAAAUACCUCACAGCCUUUGUGAUGCUCACUGGUACGAUUGGAAAAGUCCUUAGUUGAGAUCAAAAACUUUAUGGCAAAGGUCAUCAACCUGGGGUCCCACGACCAAGGUAUAUAAUAGUUUUAGUUUAUUUAGUUUUGACAUUUGUUUUUUAAGUUCAGUUUUAAUUUAUUUUGAGAGCAAGUUUUGAGUGUUUUAUUUUUUUCACGACUGCUUUGUUUUAGUUUCGUUUUUCUUAGUUUCAGUAUUAAAGUUCUGUAUUUUAAAUAUAUGGAUUAUGCUAUUUGUCCAAUGCUAGAUCAAAAAAAUCACAAAGAAUUGUAU